AGCCUUGGAAAUAAUACGUUCUCGAAUUUUAACAUGUGGCAUCAAAAAAUAUUAUUGGUCAUGACGUGCGUUAAUGUUUUUCUUGAGCCGACCAAUUCUCAAAAGUGCCAGGCCUCUGCACGGACAUGCGUAAAAUCAAAAUAUCGCUCCCAUGACGGUUCCUGCAAUAAUAUUGAAAAUCCUUUGUGGGGCACGCCGUUUUCAAAAUAUGGUAGAUUGUUACCACCAAAAUAUGGUGAUGGUAUCAGUAGUCUCACAUUAUCAAGAACAGGAAAACCGCUGCCAAAUCCAAGAAGCCUCAGCAUUGCUAUUUAUCCUGACAUUCCGUAUACAGAUCGAUUGUUCACUCUUAAUGCUAUGCAAUUUGGACAGAUAGUAGUUCAUGACAUGAGCUUGACUGUUCUCUCAAAUGUUCCAGCUGUUUGCUGCUCCGAAUCCGGUAAAAUGCUCGAUCCUGGUGCACGACCAUCUCACUGUUUACCGAUUGAUCUUCCCGUUAACGACCCUGUUUAUUCUCCAGCUAACCAAACUUGCAUGGGUUUUAUUAGGACUACCACGGAUCGUGACCUGAACUGUGUUGGAGGUUCACAACCUGCCGAGCAACUGUCACAGGUGACAAGUUUUCUGGAUUUGUCGCUUGUUUAUGGUAACAAUGUAGAAGUGAACAACCAAAUCAGAACUUUUCAGAAUGGUUUACUCCGAACAGAAACAAGAGGAGGACAACAAUGGCCUAUUCGUUCUACCAACAUUUCUUUCGAUUGUACUCUCCGAAAUCAAAACGACGCUUGCUAUUUCAACAGUUAUUUUUUUAUGACAAAGAAAAGGUCAAUUGUGAAUGACAAUGACGAUGUAAUGACGAAACUUAUCAGAGCUCCAGUAAUAAUAAUUACCUUUCUUUCAGUUGAAAACGGCAUUUAUGAAAUUUCUUCAACCUCAUCCCAUUUAUUUUUCAGUAUCGUCUCAGAAUCUAGAACACUUCAGCAAAGCAUACAACUGAGAGAUUGGUAUUUUGAUCCGCAAGUGUUGGAAAAUGGCGACAAUUUCAAUGGAUUGGCACGAGGCUUAUGCACUCAGCAUCAGAUGGCUUCAGAUCGUUAUCACGAUAAGGGGGUGACCAACUAUUUGUUCAGUACUGGAGGUCUGGGACUAGAUUUGAAAGCAAUAGACAUACAGAGGAACAGAGAUCACGGACUUGCAUCCUAUAAUGAAUUGAGGAAGCUUUGUGGAUUGAGGAGAGCAAAGGAGUUCAAGGAUUUUUUGGAUGUUAUACCCAAAGAA